AUGACUAUUGCUGAUUCUAUUCCCAUAUGGCUAGACUGUGACCCUGGUAACGAUGAUGCUUUUGCCAUUUUGUUAGCCUUAUUUCACCCAAAAUUUGAUUUACUCGGCAUUUCUACGGUAUAUGGAAAUGCCCCAAAUUCAAGUACAACUCACAAUGCAUUAGGGUUAUUAGAUGUAUUAGGGUCCGAACAAGAUCAGAUAAAGGUUUACUCCGGGGAAAACAAACCAUUAGUGAAGCCAGUUAAAUUUGCACCAGAAAUACACGGACCCACUGGUAUUGGUGGGGCAAAGUUACCGAAGACACCUAGAAUUCAAGAAUCAAAAGAUCAAACGUACUUGCAAGCUAUGAGAUCGGCCAUUUUGGAACACGCAGGUAGGAUAUGUGUUAUUUGUACCGGGACUUUGACUAAUAUGGCUAUUUUGAUAGAGACCUACCCAGAAGUAAAGUCUAAGAUUAGGUUUGUGUCUAUUAUGGGUGGUGCCUUAAAUAGAGGUAACGCUACCAAAUAUGCAGAGUUUAAUGUUCAUUGCGAUCCACUUGCAGCUUCUAAGGUUUUGAAUGAUGAAGAGUUGAGCGGCAAAACGAUAUUGGCUGGAUUAAAUAUUACCCACAAGGCAGUCGCUACUAUGGAAGUAAGAAAAAAUAUAUAUGACGUAACAAAUCCAAAAAAGGACUCUUCUAUAAGGAAAUUGUUCUACGAUAUUGCAAUGUUUUAUGCAGAAUCAUAUCGUGUUCAACAUAACAUAACCCUUGGGCCACCAGUUCAUGAUCCGUUAGCG